AUGGAAGAUUUUUGUAAUGUUUCUUUUGCAACUACAGAGCAACACAUUGAUUCAAGGGAAUAUAGAAUAAAAAGAGAUGUAGCUGAUUUACAAAUAUUACAAAAAUUUUUCAACAGGUAUGAUCCUUUUCCACAGACUGAUAACAUUAUGUCAAUAUUUUCUGGAAUUAUUGGCAGUAAUUCUGUAAAUUGCCACGAAGCGUAUGAAGAAGGAAAAAAAUCUUUGCAAGCUAUUGUUGGAAUGAAUUUUGGCAGUGUAAAAUUUAAAAGGAAAAACAAAGUCUUGUCUCUACAAACGGUUCAAUCUUCAGUUAAAGUAAACGGAGAUAUUAUAGCCAUCGAUCCAUUAUUGCUAUUUCAAAGAAUAUCAUUAACGAUCGACAGUAAAAAAGAUAUGGAAACUUAUUUACAAUACGAGCUUGCACCUUUUCCAUUGUCACUUUUUACAGAAAAUGGCCUCAGGAAAAAUGUUAAAUCUCAACUCUACGAAUUAUUUGUAAGUGUGAAUGGACCAACGCAUUCUGACGGGAUAGUGCAUGUCGUCGACGGUGGAUUUUUACUGCACAAAGGCAUGGACCCAAAGGAGAAGGAACGACUGCUAAAACUCUAUGAAGAGGUGGACUCUGAUGACAUCUCUGAUACUUACGAAACCGAUUCAGACGAAAGUUAUCGUCCCAGCAAUGAUGAUUCCGCUUCUGAAGAUGGGAGAAGUGACGAAGAAAAUGUUCGGAGGCCAAUGGAGGUAGAAGAACCAGAAUCGCCAGAAGUAUAUUAUUUAUAA